AUGCAGAUCAGAUCAGAUUACAUCAGACGAUUGGCCAAAGAAGACUGUGAAAAAUGUCCAGCUCUCGAGGAAUGUGAAAUAGUCGUAUGCUCGCACGAAGAACGAGGUGGAAAAUUGGUUCCUAUUACUGCGGAAAGUUGUGAACUCUCCUGUAACCAUGUGGAGAUAAGUUGUAAACGCUACCCCAAUGGAAGGCUGGAUUGGUAUCCGUUUGAUCCAUGUGCUGUUACUACUACGACCACCCCGACUACAACUACUACCACUACUCAAGCCCCAAUAAUUCUGACAGAACAUUUGUCUCCGUCUUACGAGUACCAAAAUGCCCUUGAAACAACCGCCCAGGUCCCAUUCUUUUUCACCUCUGGAUCACAUUCUAGUGACAUGCUGCAAGACAUGGACCCUGCUAGUUCUCUGGUUGAGCCACCUGCUCAGGAAAAGAAGCAGUCUUAUGGGUUAAGUUGGUUGGUGUCUGAACCAGAACUUGAGCUAAUCCUCUGGGUUAUGUUUGGCGUCGCUUUGUUACUAAUGCUAAUAGGAUUCGUUGGCCUUGGUGGCUUUGUCUGUUAUCGAAGACGAAUCAAGACGCAGAUCAAAAUUGCAACUGGUCCCCGAUACUAUGAUGUCAAUAGACAGCGAGCUUAUGGUGUUGUUGCCUACGACACUAAUACCUAUAGUCCGGCCGUGGAAUAUGAUAAGAUACGCGGACUUAAUGGUUCCUGUUAUUGGUCUCCCCGACCAGAUUCCCGUGAACCUGGAUCUGUGAGACGAAUUUCGUCACCACAAAUUUCUGUCUGCUCUCCUUACUGCAAUACUAGUCGACAUGCUACGGCUGCCGUCGAUCAUAAUUACGUUCAUCACGCUUCAAACUACAGACUACCUGAAAGGGGAACGCCAAUUAAUUCAGCUUAUCAUCUGGUCACUUUUGCCCCUCCUGGGGAAUCAAUAGAUGGAAUUUGUAAAACGUCUGACAUCUCCUUCAUUCAAGGAAUGGAUUCUGGAGCAAUUAGCUUAGAGAGGCAUCCGUCUGAUGUAAUAACUAUGUCCCCUGACAGACAGUUGUCAAACGGGGGAUCUUCUUUAGGAGGCACGACUCCAAUUCCCAUCGGAAAUGAAACUUUUCUUGUAAGUACUUAUCACAGAUCCAGCAGUUUUCGAAGUGGCGGAGACGGUGAUGCUGAAAUUCAUGGACAAAUCAUACAACAGCAAACAAAAGUCUGA